CUCCCUUUCUUGUCCGCCUCUCUCCUCUUUCCCCCUCUCUCUCCCCUUCUUUCCCCUCUCUUCUCUCUCUUUCUUCCUCUUCUCUUCUCCCUUCUCCAUCGCCUCCUCUGCCCCUUUACUUCACACAACUCUACCAAUCCAAUAAGCUUAUACGGAUUUUAUGGAUCUUCUUCCUUGAUUUUUCUCUCCAAUUUUCUCCUAACACUCGAUUCUUUCUGGGUUUCGCUUGUGGAGGGAAUCGGAGGUAGACAGAGCUGAGGCGGAUCCGUUAUGGCGACUUCCACGAGCUCUAUCUACAUCAAUGUUAUCGAGGAUGUUAUUAACAAGCUUCGCGAAGAGUUCGUUGAUAAUGGUCCUGGGGAGGACGUUCUCAAGGAGCUUCAAGGAAUGUGGGAGGCGAAAAUGAUGCAAGCGGGUGCCGUAACCGGUCCCAUAGAGAGGUCUGCACCAUCUAAGCCCACACCCGGAGGUCCUAUAACUCCAGUUCACGAUCUCAAUGUUCCGUAUGAGGGUACUGAAGAGUACGAAACUCCCACAGCUGAUUUACUUUUUCCGCCGACGCCACUACAGACUCCAAUUCAAACCCCUUUACCGGGAACUGCUGACAACGCGAUGUAUAAUAUUCCUACUGGACCCAGUGACCACUCUGCAUCUGGAACUGAUGCUUCUCCAGCUGCUACCACUCCUGGAGGUAGCACUAAUAAUAAUGUUGAGGUCAGAUCUGGAAGGCCAACCCCAUAUAUGCAACCACCUUCUUGGAUGGGUCAAAGAACUCCUGUAGACGUUAAUAUUGCCUACGUGGAGGGGCGUGAUGAACCAGACAGGGGAGCCACUGGUGCUCACCCAUCCCUUACACAGGACUUUUUUAUGAUGAACUCUGGGAAGCGUAAGCGUGAUGAUUUUGCUUCCCAGUACCAGGCUAAUGGGUUUAUACCACAGCAAGAUGGAGCUGGAGAUGCUGUCAAUAGUGUUUUUGAGAUUGAGAUAAGUGGAUGCAAUGCUUCUGAUGGAAGGCCUGGCUUUAUCACUUCUGCAAAGAGUCCAACAUCAUCACAUAUUGAAAGAUCAUUAUUGAAGAUUCCACAACUUGAUGGACCGAUGCCUGAUCCUUAUGAUGAUGUGCUUUCGACCCCCAAUAUAUACAAUUACCAGGGUGUCUUCAAUGAAGACUACAACAUAGCAAAUACACCAGCACCUAAUGACCCACCAGUUAGCACUCCUGCUGUUGUCACUCAGGAUGAUGUUGGUGAGGAGGAGGAGGAUGAUGAGCCUUCAUUGAACGAAGACGACGAUGACGAUGAUUUGGAUGAUGUGGAUCAGGGAGAGGAAUUGAGCACACAACAUUUAGUUUUAGCUCAGUUUGACAAGGUUACUCGUACCAAGAGUAGGUGGAAAUGUACACUAAAGGAUGGAAUUAUGCAUAUUAACAACAAGGACAUUCUCUUCAACAAGGCGACUGGGGAAUUCGACUUCUGAUUUUAAUGGAGGCAUCUUCAUUGGGAGAGGUUAUUGGUUGCAGCAGUGUUUUGAAAGAAUUCCAUGAAGUUGGUUCAUUGGGUGUUUAAGUUGUCUUCAGUUAAUAUUUGUUUUGUGAACGUACGAGAGGAAAAGGACAUGAUGAUUCCUUAUGUUCAUUUUGAUGAAUGUUAUUAGCGUUUUGUAUAUAACGAAUGAGAGCUCUUUUGGCCUUCAAUGCAUGGCAACUUGAGGAUUUUCUAGUAAAAUUUAUCAUUGCUCUAAUGGAAUAUAUUUGUAACUUCCAA